AUGGGAGAGAUUGAAGAAUUUAACACUCUUGCCUUUGAGAAAAGGCUUAUGCAGCUAAAGGAUACUCAGGAGAGUAUUCAGUCAUUAUCUUCUUGGUGUUUGAAACAGAGGAGUCAUCAUAAAAAAAUUGUUUCUAGUUGGUUAAAUGUGCUGAAGAGAGUUAAGGUUGAACAGAGAUUGACUCUGUUUUAUUUAGCUAAUGAUGUUAUACAGUAUAGUAAAAGAAAGAAUUACGAGUUUGUUGAGAGUUGGGGCCUUAAUUUACAAAAGGCCACACCAUUAGUCAGAGAUGAGAAAGUACGACCAAAAAUACUCCGCAUAUUUAAAAUUUGGGAGCAAAGGUCAGUAUAUGAUGAUGAGUUCCUGUCUGAUCUCACUGGACUGCUAAGUGCUGGUGCCAUUAAAAAGACUGAUGAUGAUCCUCUGGACUUCCAGCCACAGCAACUUGUUAAUAAGAUAAAACAAUGUUCUGUAUUAGAAGCAGAUACUGAUUUGCGGUUAAAGUAUAUCCAUGAAAGCCAUUUGCAGCUUUCAGAUGCAGAUGCUUUGUGUUUAAAUCUUAAAGAGAGGAGCCACAAAGAUGAUGUAGAAAAGGAAUUAAAUGAAGGUAUUUCAUGUGUGGAGCGAUACACGCAAGCCUUGCAGAGGGAAAUAGUGGCCAGAGAAGCAUUACUCGCCCUGUUGACGUCUGCCACUCAGUACUAUUCUACUCAAAGAGGCGAAGUUAAAGUGGUUGCUUAUGCGUAUAAAAACUUCGGUGCUCGCGUGCGGGCAUUGAAACGUAAACUAGACGAGUUAAUACCGACUUUACCGAACGCGGCGCCUUCCCCCCCUCAAAGGGACGAAGAUGUGCCUUCCCCGGGUCCGGAUGAAGAUCUCGACCUCCCCGCACCCGUGGACAACGAUCAGGAUGACAUUUCGUACAACAUUGACCGAACAUUCAACACAUCCAUGGCAGCAGACGGCUCUCUCUACAACUUGGGUCUGUCAUCCUUCUUGAACAAUGACAAUGCGUUGUCUAUAUUCAGCGAUGCUGGGGAAAAUCAUAGCAAUGCCAACAAAAUAGAGGUUAUAAACAGCAGGCCGAAUGAGAAGCAAGACUUCAACAUCAACGACUUUCUGAAGACUUUGAUACCGAACGAAAACAGCACAAAUGCACCUGACAAUAUUUCAGUGGCCAGUGGAACGAUGUCUCAAAAGUCUCAAGACACAUUGCCCGGACUGGAUCUGCUAACUCCAGAUUCUACGGGAAAUCCACCACCUCCAACGUCCUUCUAUGGCUCAAUGGAUAACGUGAUCGAUUUAGAUCCUGAUCCACCAUAUCAGCCAGAAUCAGCCAGCCCUUGGAACAACGCAACAUGGAUUCCGCCUCCGGCCCCCGUGCCAAUGCCGGCUGCCGCGCCGCUAACCGUCCCCGCCCCGGUGCCGCCGCCCGCACCCGUUCCGGUUCCGGUUCCGGUGCCGGUUCCGAUUCCGGUGGCGGUUCCGGUUCCGGCGCCACUUUCGCCGCGCAACAUAUACGCCGAUACUCCAGAGUCUCCGCCGCCCGCGCCGCCUGUACCUGUUUCGUAUACCCGCGUGCCGACGUUAUCAACGGCGCCUCCGGUCUCAGAUGUGGAUCAUAGGGGAAUACUGCCGCCGCCACCACCGCCGCCUGCCUUACCGAUCUUAGGACAUAUGGAAGACGUAGACCAUAGAUUACUGCCUACUUUACCCCCAGCGCCGGUACCGGCUCCAGCCACUAGGCAUCAAGCGCCGCAACAAGACGUAGACCACAGGAAUCUUAUAUCGUUGACUCACCAACCACAGCCAAGAAUGCCGAGUCUGCCCCCCAGACCGGUGAAUCCAAUCAAUUUGGACCAGGAUUACAGGGUACCCCCUAUGGUUCCACCGAGCGAUAUAGUGGAGAGUGUCGACAUGGAUCUGUCUGACGAUGAAGAACAGGGUUAUUCUCAACAGUCUGAGCAUCCCAGACGCCACAGUUUCAACAAUAACAAAGUCUUAGUAGGCGGUGACAAUGGAAAAACAAAUCACAACCUAAUAAGAAUCAAUAGUACAGAGAAACCUUUGACUGCUCCUGCUGUACUGCCAAUGACAAACCCUUUCGAUAAUAUGCCAACUGGCUUAAAGAACUUUAAUAUGCCAUUCCCUAAUUUCCCACCUCCGGAAAGGGAAGCUGAAGAAAACUCAAAUGACAGUGCUUACGAAGAAGAUUUGAGAAGUAGAGGAAUGGAGCAGGAUAUAAGGAAUCCUUCUCCCCCCUAUGAAGAGUACCAGAACGAAUGGCAAGGUGCACAAAGGCCUUUCUUGCUCAAUCAAAGGUUUCCGAGAAAUUGGAGUCCGAGGAACAAUUUCAGGCCCCAAGGAUUUGGCCCACAGUUUUGGCCGAGGCAUUCUCCUAGGCCUCCUAAUAGAUUCGCGGGGCCAAGACCUCAACGGUUCUGGUGA